AGAAAGUGAUAAUAAAAGAGGGAGAGGCAACAAAUACAAUGCGAGACUUGGUCCGCCACACUCGACUCGAUGAUGAUCCACCAAGCUUUAGCUCUCCCUCGUCCAAUUCCCACCAGAGGAUUUGGGUCUAAUGGUGGAGGUGUGUUUGUGCAUCAAUGCCGAACAAAGAACGCCAGAGUUGCAUUAUGCGCUUCUUCUGAUGAUCAAAUUGCUAGUUCCAAGUCGAUUAAGACAAGGAAAGUAGUGGAGCAUGUGUGUUUACUCAAAGCAAAAGAGGAUUUAUCUGAGGAACAAGAAAAAGAUAUGCUUGAUUAUCUUUACACGACUCAAUAUCAAAUGAGAGGCAUUGUUGCUAUAUCUGUAGGUUGUAUUGGUGAUAGAAGCAAUGAAGAUUACACGCACGCUCUCUUCAUGCGAUUUCAGAAGAAGGAAGACCUUGACAAGUUCUAUGAGAACCCUCUCUUCUUGAAAGUUCUCAAUGAACGUGUAACACCAUUCUGCCAUGGGCUAACUAAUCUGGACUAUGAAUCAGAGGUCGAAGAUGACAUCCUUGCAAUAUUUCGAAAGGGCGAGGAGUACAACUAUGGCGAAGAGUUUGUUCUUGUGGUUACUUUUGCUAAGAACGCUUCCAACAAGAACAUCAAAGAUGCAAUGGACACUUUUGCGCAGCUAGCUUUAUCUGUUCCAUCAUUAAUUGUCCAGUCCUCACAAGGUUCAAACUUUAACGACAGCAGUAAGGAGUUUACGCAUGCAGCAGUAGUUCGAUUCCGUUCAUUUGAUGCCAUGGAGAUGUUCAUUGAGGGCAGAGAGUAUAAAGAUAUGUGGAGGUCUCAAUUUGAGCCGUUUAUAGAAAAAGCAGUAGCUCUUCAUUUCUCAGUGGAUCCCGUGGGUACCGACGUCAUGUGAGAGAGAUAUCACUAAACGUUUCAACUUUACAUGUAAAGAUUUGGUUGCUGUCCACUAUAUAUGAACAAACUCCUCUCUAUUUCUUUUCACGACACAACAUAACUUGUUGGCUUGUUGCAGUGACAUUCUUAGUUGCGAAAACUAUAUCUGCAACAAAUGAGUUUUCUGGUUUAGCGCUUAGAGGGGGGAAAUAAAUAAUUUAUCGGUUGUGCU